AUGCCGGCAAAACGUCUGGGUAUGUACCAAGUCCUCGGUCCGACGCAGGGAAUUGUGAUAGCUGCCAUAGCAGAUGGCUUCGGACAAGGUCUUGAGGGUUCAGCACGGUCUGGGGGCACGACUGUGCUAGAAGGUACUACUCACCUGUUCGACCGACACCCGCAGAACAAUGCACCACAAUGGGGCCAGCCUGCAGAGGACAUUCGGCCCGCACUCGUCUCAGAAACAUUAAAAGUGGCGCUGGAUGGCUGGGCACUCCGUGGUCUGGCCAUGCAGUAA